GAAUUCCAAAUAACGCACGCAUGCUGACAGUGUCUUUAGUAGAGAGAAGACAAGAGGCGAGUCUAGGGUUUCGUAUUCUAACCACGAUUGGACACCUCACCCACUUUUUGAACCGAAGGGUAUUAUCCACCUUGGGAUUAGAAUAUGACCGUUGGAGGCGCUCCACUCCCCACUUAAAUAGACGCCCCCCUGUUCAUCACCCCUUGCACACAGAUCAACCCAAACCAGAAAGCAGACUAGAAGAAAGACAAGUUUUAACUCGGUUGAGACACCAAAAGAGGAGACAAAACAACCCAAUUCUUCUUCCGGCUUCAAUGUUUAAGACGAAGUCGCCUUCAGAUUGCAAGCCUCCGCUUGCCGAACCAUCUCGUCCUCGCAGGAUCCUACGCUCUACCGCCUGCUCCGUCCAAACUCCUUUAGCUUCUUUGACGAGAACCCAAGACUCGAACCGCUUGUGGGGUGUGGAGGAUUCGCAGAUCCGACCAGAAUACCAAUCGAUGUCAUGCGAGUUCCGGGCUCUGGCUAAGAUGGUCGAGCAGGAAUUCGGAAAUCGCAAUCUGUACAGUCCUGCUUUUGCUGGUACUGUCGGUGGUUCUCUGUUUGAAAGAGGAAGGUUCUAUGACGAGUACUCCGCCAGAAGGAAUGAGAGGUUGAAGAGGAAGAAAGGUGGUGAGACAGGAGAGGAGAGGGGAACUGUGUGUAAUCUCGGCGUUAAUGUUGAGUCUGGUAAAAGGCGGGACUCGAAGAAACUGGGAAGCCUGAGAAAAUCGGUCCCUGCGAAUUUCUCAACUGGUCAAACAGAAAGCUCGAGAUAUUCUCUGCGCAGUAAGGAGAACAGGAGACCCACUUCCUCAAAAAACUCUGAGAUGUCUGUGGUUGAUGGGGAUAGGAAAGUAGGAGGUCGAAGGGUUCGAAAACUCUGAACUUUUUAAAGAAAAGUUUCCAUCCAUUUUUUUUCAUGUACUGGGGUAUGGUCCUGUAUUUUGUUCAAGGAAACUUGGUUAUGUUAAUCUUACUGGGUGCCAAAAUUGUUUUAGCAUCAGAUGUUUCUUAAUUCUUAUCUCUCUUUUUUUUUUUCUUAUUAUUUUGGUGUUCGGGGGGAGUGUAUGGAUUUCAGAGUGGAUGUCACUUCUCCAUUUUCAGAAGAAUGCAAUUACAUCUUUAGAGAAGACAA